GCAACUUUUUUGGAAAAUUGGAGCAACUUUUUGAGAAAAUUGGAGCAACUUAGGGACAGCCCUAAUACAAAAGAGGCUGUGACGUCAGAUGUAUUUGUUACAGUUGAGCGAUCUCUGGUUAAAUCUGUUGUCAAAAGGGGAAAGUUAACGGUAAAGGAAGUGGACCUGUUCAAAGCUGCUGAUCACUGGGCCACAAACGAAUGUGAAAGGCAAGGAGUAACUCCUGAUGGAGAAACAAAGAGACGAAUUCUUGGAGAGGAUAUUGUAAAGGCGAUACGGUUUCCACUGAUUUCACAGGAGGAAUUCGUGUCAGCUGUGUUUGAUUCUCACAUUCUUACUCUCCAGGAGGUUGGAGCCAUGAUGAAACACUACUGUGGCGUCCUAAAGUCGCCUUUGCCAUUUAAGAAAACCAUGAGGGGUAGGGUUCUUUAUCACCGAAGUAACCGAUUUCAAAAGUUCAGUAGUGGCUGUUACUACAGUGAAGGCGAUAGUAUUGAGUUCACCGUCAGCAAACCAAUCAUGUUACGUGGAGUUCAAUAUUUUGGCUCUAAACAUAGUAAGCAUACUGUUGUUACAGAAGUUAAAGAUACCAUCCACAACUCUUGUCUUGGAAAAGACUCAGGAACUUACCAUUCAAAAAAGGACGCGUGGAACAACUUUUAUGGCUUCGAUGUAUCAUUUGAGUCUGCACUGUGUUUGGAGGCAAAUAAACAGUACACGUUGGUGUCGGUUUUUAAAGGUCUUGUUUCAUGUUAUGGACUUGACGGACAAAAAAUUGUUGAAUCCGGAGGAGUGCGCUUCACGUUUAGCGAAUCAAACUGUGACUUCAAUAGCUCUUCAGGGACGAGGGGGCAGUUUCCUGCUCUCAUUUUCAGCUAACUUUGAUGGAUAAAAUUGUUCUAACAGUUCUGUAUGGGGAGAUACCUUGCUUCAGUUUUGUUUUCCUGAAAUAAAUAAUUCUUCUAGUUUAAAUUGGUCUAGCUGGUUUUUUUCUUCACAUACCAAUGAUGAAAAGUGAUAUGAAUUCAUACAAGUGAUCUGCACAUUGCCAUUCAAAGUUGGAUUGAGGUCGUGUGUAUCAAUUAGCCGCACCAAGAUAAAAAGUGUCCAAAACCUAGAGUCGUACGCAUUCAGACCGAUACCGGGGCUAUAUCAACCAGCUGCACUGAUUUUGGACUUAAGACUCGAUGAAGAUGUGUUUCAUCCACUUGGUUAAAUGAGGUAUUCGAAGAACUCCUGAGAAGAGACUAUUGCGAUGGCCACUGAAGAGAAAUGGCAGACAAAUCUCCCAACUCUCACAGAAAGAAAUGUGUUUAUUUUGAACAACAAGUUUUAAAUUAUUUUCCACUACGGCAGAGACGAACAAAUCGAGGAAAAAAAUUUUAAAAAAUAAAGACGGAAAAAACUGUUGCGCACCACAACCCUUAAUCCUAAAGGAGAGAAUGGCGAAAAAUUAUCCCAAAUCCUAAAAGACGGAAUUGCAGAAGCCACCCUACAAGUUUGUGCGCGCAAUCAGUAGUCCUGUGUUCUUUGCCAUGUUCUAUGGUCGAAUGGUGGAGACUUAAGACUCUAUUGCACUGCCUGACUGUGAUUACGAGAGUAUGUUGGAGUUGUUUCGUUUCUUGUACAAUGACAAGGUGAAUUUGAGCGGAAAUAAUGUGAUGUGAGUGUUGUACUUGGCGAACAAGUACUUAAUGCCUUCACUCGCCCAGAAAUGCACAGAUUAUCUAUGUGAAAACCUGAGAGUAUUCAACGUGUUUAGUAUUCUGCCACACGCUCAGAAAUUUGAAGAUAAAGAUUUGGAAGAUCGAUGCUGAAAAGUAACUGGAGCGCAGACAUAAGAGGCGAUGACGUCAGACGAAUUUGUUUCAGUUGAACAAUCUGUAGUUAAGAGAGAAGUGUUGAAUGCAGAGGAAGUGGAACUGUUCAAAGCUGUUGAUCACUGGGCCACAAAGGAAUGUGAAGGACAAGGGAUGAUUUCCGACGGAGGGACAAAGAGACGACUUCUUGUAGUGGUAAUUGUGAUAGGAUUAUGCUUCCCGCUUACACCACAGAAGGAUUUUGCUUCGGUUGUGUUUGAUUCGGGAAUCUUGAAUUAUGAAGAGUUCGGAAAUAUGUUAAAAUACUACAAUGGGUUUUUAACUACUCCUUUACUGUUCUUAGAAGCCUGCAGAAUUGAUUCCACUCAGCACCGAUGCUGCAGAUUUCAAACGUUUUGUGCGCCAGGGAGUUAAUGGAGUUACGAUGGAGGCCUUGCUAACUGCUUCGAAGGCGGUGGGUAUACAGUUACAACAGACAUUGUUGAUCCCAUAGACAGUGCUUCACUUGUGUAUUGCGCAGGAAAUUAUGCAUCAGAAAAAAGCAAUACCCCUGCUUAUUACGGCUUUUAUGUAAUGUUCGAUCGUCCAGUUACUUGAAGGAAAAUAAAGAAUACAAGCUACAGUCGCUCAUCAAGGGUGCUAAAUUGUGGGACAGAGAAGAUGGGCAAACAUCAGUGGAGUGCCAGGGAGUGCGAUUUAUGUUUCGGAAAGCUGAUUGCCCUACUAAUGGGACUGAUGAAAGAAUUAAGAGGACAGUUUCCUGGAAUUUUGUUUUCAAUUUCCAAGUAGAAAUCCUUAGGUUACCCGAACCAUCCCAGUUAACGAAGAGCACAGUGAAAGUCUAUUAGGUUAGUAGUACUGGAUCAAUUGGAUCAAUCUUCUCAGAUGACCAUGCAGGUAUAUACACUUAUGAAUUCUUUAACAAACACUGCCGGAUAAAAACUACAAGUGAAAAAGCCAAGUGUGACCUAUGAGAGUUUACACAGAACACUUGUAGACGGGAUCCUCAAAAGUUAGUCAGAGAACCCUGUAGUGUAUGUAACGAAUAAUAAGUCUCAUGAACGAGGAAGUUUCUGUUACCUAAAUUUUGUUUUAUUGAGUGCAAUUAAAUGUUAUGUGUGCUUUCUUUUUGCUUGCUUGUAAUUGCUGGGGGUCAAAUUAAAAAUAUACCACAGAAGGAAUUUCAAACAAAGAGCCUUACCGGUAAGCUUCCAAACUAAUAGAUAUUACUUGUGAAAAAUUUUUGUCGUAAACUGAGCUAGGAUAAUUUAGAACAAAGCCUUACG